AUGAGUGAUUCUGUUGACGUUAAAGCUAUUCCUAAGGAGCUCCUUAGUGCUAGCUCAGAAAUUGUCUAUGAUGCCAUUGUCGUUGGAUGUGGUGUCGUAGGUCCAUGUAUUGCAACAGGACUUGCAAGAAAGGGUAAGAAAGUGUUGAUUGUUGAAAGAGAUUGGACUAUGCCAGAUCGUAUUGUUGGUGAACUAAUGCAACCUGGUGGUUUGCGGGCAUUGAGAAGCCUCGGUAUGAUUCAAGCCAUCAAUAAUAUUGAUGCUAUCCCAGUGACUGGCUACUCUGUGUUCUACAAUGGUGAGAAAGUUUCAAUCCCAUACCCUUACAAGGCCGAUACAGCACCAGUAGAGAAAAUAUCGGAUUUAGUCUUCGAUGGUAAUGAUAGAGUUAUUGAAGAUAAAACCGUUCAUGUCAAGGAUUUCGAAGAUGACGACAGGGAAAGAGGUGUUGGUUUCGUUCACGGUAAGUUCUUACAGAAUUUAAGAGAUAUUGUUGCCAAAGAACCAAAUGUGACCCGCCUCCAAGGUAAUGUCAUUGAGAUCUUGAGAAGCAAAGAAAACGAAGUAGUUGGUGCUAAGGUCGAAAUCCCAGGUCGUGGUAAAGAAGACUUCAAAGCACAUUUGACUUUUGUAUGUGAUGGUAUCUUUUCUCGCUUUAGAAAAGAGCUCUCCCCAGAUCAUAUCCCCUCUGUUGGAUCCUCUUUCGUCGGUAUGUCUUUGUUCCAUGCAAACAUUCCAUCGAAGAACCAUGGUCAUGUUAUUCUAGGUACUUCACAUAUGCCCGUGCUCGUAUAUCAAAUCUCCUCUGAAGAAACAAGAAUUCUAUGUGCAUACAAUUCAGCAAGACUACCUAAAGAUAUAAAGUCGUGGUUGACUACUGAUGUUAAACCAUACUUACCUAAAUCUUUGUUGCCAUCGUUUGAUAAAGCGGUUGAAGAUGGUAAAUUCAGAUCAAUGCCAAACUCUUACCUACCAGCAAAGCAAAAUACUGUCACCGGAUUAUGCGUCAUCGGAGAUGCCUUGAAUAUGAGACAUCCUUUGACUGGUGGUGGGAUGGCUGUUGGCUUGAACGACGUUGCUCUACUAAUCAAGACUGUUGGUGAUUUAGAUUUCUCAGACAGAGAGACUGUCCUUGAUGAAUUACUAGAAUACCAUUUCGAAAGAAAGCAAUAUGACAGUGUCAUCAAUGUACUAUCCAUCGCUUUAUACUCAUUGUUUGCUGCAGACAACAGAAACUUACAAGUAUUACAAAGAGGUUGUUUCAAAUAUUUCGAAAGAGGUGGAGACUGUAUUAGAUUGCCAGUAAGUUUCUUGGCUGGUGUUCUUCCAAAACCGUUCUUGUUGACCAAGGUGUUUUUCUCAGUGGCAUUGUACUCCAUAUAUGUUAACUUCCAAGAAAGAGGCAUUUUGGGAUCCCCUCUGGCAUUAUUAGAGGCAUUUGCUAUCCUAUUUACAGCUGCAAAAGUGUUUACUCCUUACUUGUUCAAAGAAUUGAUAGGUUAA